CUUUAUUUUAGCUGUAUUCACACAAUAUCUGUAAUUAUGUUAUAAGUAAAAAAUACAAUAAAAAGCAAACCAUUUUAAUAUGGAUUUAUAUGGAGGAUUUACAUUUUGGUUGGUAUUUUAUUUCAUUGGAUUAGCCGCCUGUACGAGUAUCACAAAACGCGAUUCAAUUGAUGAUUUCACCACUCAUGACUUUAAUAAAUAUCAUCAUUAUGAUUACUUAGUCGCCACACUUGAUGGCUUACAGAAUCAGUUUCCUGAUCUUGCGCGAACAGGAUCUAUCGGUCAAUCAGUACAAAAACGUGAACUAAUGUACAUAGAAAUUUCUAAAAAUGUCGCACAAGAAAGCCCAGGAAGGCCAAAGGUCAAAUUAGUGGGAAAUAUGCAUGGCGACGAAACCAUCGGUAGAGAAAUUUUGAUCUAUCUCGCCCAACAUCUACUUGGGAAAUACGAAACAGAUGACAGGGCGAAAUAUAUCGUGGAUAAUGUAAGACUAUUCAUCAUGCCUUCUUUGAAUCCUGAUGGGUUUGAGUUGGCAAUUGAAGGUUCUUGCACGUCGAGGUAUAAGGGACGAGAGAACGCGAAUUCCGCUGAUUUAAAUCGCAAUUUUCCAGAUCAAUUUGACACCCCAGUUGGUGCAAAAAAACGGAAACAAAGCCGCCAACCCGAAACGACAGCAAUGAUUGAUUGGAUACUGAAAAACUUUUUCGUGCUUUCAGCAAAUUUUCACGCUGGUAGCGAAGUAGCAAGUUACCCAUUUGAUGACUCUGCAGAUCAUUCUUAUGGACAUGAAAGCCAAGCUCCUGAUGAUAUAUUUUUCCGAUACAUGGCGCGUACUUACGCCGAUAAACAUUUAACAAUGAGUAAACCUGGACAAAAAUGCGGGACAGAUCAGUUUGAGAAUGGAAUUACUAACGGUGCUAAAUGGUAUGACGUUCCAGGCGGUAUGGAAGAUUUCAAUUACUUACAAGGAAAUUGUUUUGAAGUUACAUUGGAAUUGACAUGCUGUAAAUAUCCGAUGGCCUCUGAGUUGCAACGGGAGUGGGGAAAAAAUAAAGAAGCUCUUCUAAGUUUUGUGGAGCUUAUAAAAUCCGGUAUUUGGGGGUUUGUAAUUGAUGGUGAAACAGGAGAAAAGCUACAAAAUGUCAUUGUUGAAGUUGUAGGCAUUGAGAAAAACAUAACAACAGCGGAACAUGGAGAUUUUUGGCGCCUUCUUAUCCCUGGUUUUUACGAUUUAAAAUUUCAUCGUGAAGGAUAUAAAAGCUCGGAGCCGAUACCUAUGAUUGUGGUACAAGGAACGCCAAGUAGAAUGAACGUUUCUCUCUAUAAAGAGAAUUCAUCAUUUGAAGAAAAUUCUGAAGUGCUCCCUACUACGUCUAGUGGUGAAGAGAUGAUAUCAGUAUCCCUCAACGAAGAUACGGAUCUCGAUAAUGAAGGAAAAACAAAAACGAUCGUUGUUUCACCAGACAUAAACACACCUAGUUCGGCCACCACGGAACCAGUUAACGAGGAAAGCAAACUGAACGAAAUUGUCAAUAUAGUUGGAAACAUUGAAUCACAACUGGAGUUCCAAUAUCACGACCACGAAGCGCUGACAAAAUUUUUAACAAUUUAUUCGCAACUGUUUCCUUCGAUUACAAGACUUUACAGUAUUGGGGAGUCUGUGCAAGGAAGAGAGCUUUGGGUUUUAGAAAUUUCUGACAAUCCUGGGGUUCAUGAACCCGGGGAACCAGAGUUCAAAUAUAUAGGAAACAUGCACGGAAAUGAGGUCGUAGGUCGCGAGAUUUUAUUGAAUUUGAUAACGUAUUUAUGUUAUGGAUAUGGUGAUGAUAAAAAGGUGACUCAUAUUGUCGACAACACGCGAAUUCAUAUCAUGCCUACGAUGAACCCCGAUGGGUUUGAAAUUGCACAAGAGGGCGAUAUAGAGGGCACAAAAGGCCGUGAAAACGCAAAUAAAGUCGACCUGAAUCGUAAUUUUCCAGAUCAAUAUUAUCCAAACAGAAUCCGUGACCCAGAAGUUGAAACUGUAGCUAUCAUGAAAUGGCUCAAAUCGUACCCAUUUGUCCUUUCGGCUAAUUUACAUGGAGGAUCCCUUGUAGCAAAUUAUCCGUAUGACGAUUUACCAAAUAGGGGCCAACGGAGAGGGGACCAUGGUUACAGCAAGUCCCCCGAUGACAAUAUCUUUAUCCAUCUUGCGAAAGUUUACUCGCAAGCGCACCGUACCAUGCAUAAUGGUAAACCAUGCGUUGAUUUAUUUCCCGGGGAAACUUUUGACGAAGGAAUCACGAAUGGUGCGGAUUGGUACUCGGUCGCUGGCGGAAUGCAAGACUGGAAUUACGUGAAUACGAAUUGCUUUGAGAUUACUCUUGAAUUAGGAUGCAUGAAAUACCCUUGGCACAAAGAUUUGGAAACUUAUUGGAAGGACAAUAAGAACGCACUUGUUGAUUUUAUGGACGAGGUCCACAAGGGGGUGACGGGAUUCGUUUUUGACACAAAUGGGGUGCCGAUUUCAAACGCUGUAAUUUUAGUUCAGGGAAUUAAGCAUAACAUCACAACAGCUAAGGAUGGUGAUUUUUGGCGCCUCCUAGUGCCAGGAGAUUACAAAUUAACCGCUUUUAAAGAUGGAUAUAUUGCAAGAAGUUUUGACGUGAAAGUCACUUCUGAUUACGCUGUGGUACAAAAUUUCACUCUUCUUAAAGAAGGGGAAACCCCAAUUUUACCAAACGAAAAUCCAAAUCCUCCCCAAAAUGGGAGCGUGGAAAUAAGCGUUGGCGGCAUCGUGUGGUCAACUAAAGACCAGGGUUACAUAUUCGGAAUAUCGAAGGUGCUGAUUAUCACUGUAGGAGUUGCAAUAAUCGCGAUGGCAAUCUGUAUAUUCUUUGUCGUUAGAUUAAACUACCAAAGACACGAUUACACGAAAGUAGACCAAGGUUUUCAUCGUAUUAACAAAACUUUGGAUGAGUACAGCGAUCAGGUUCCUAUACCGGAGUCAAACUCUAUGCUCGCUGAUAAAGACAGAGUUUAUCAAGAAGUCUACCACGAUGAGUCUUCUUCUGAGGGUGAGGAGGACGUUAUUUUUGCCCCCAAAACUGUAUAAUGCCUCUAGUGGUCAGAUUUUUCAAUAUAACAAUAAACUUUAUUAAUAGUGACCAAUAUUAUUUUAAUUAUGCUCUCGUUAUGUCUUAUUCAAAUUUGGGAUUUUUCUCGAAUCGAAAGAUUAUUUCUCAGUCUUGGUAAGUUACAGAACAUUUUUACUAACACAAAGUUUACUGUAAUAACUGAAACAAUUCUUAAAUAUCAAUAAACGGUGCUUUUUUCAAUAUAUAUUUAGAAUUUUCGGAAUGUUAAAAUAUAGGUAAUUUAAGCGAUUUAAGAGACUUGCUUUUUGCUAACGCAAAUAUAUUUCUGUAACGUUUCGUCUUACCAAGGUCAGACUUCAUCAGGCAAACAUAGUCCAACUAAAAAAUUUGUGUUAGUUUACAGCAGGUUUCCUAAAUCACGUAAAUGAUCUUCUUCACUCUUCGACAUCAUUCUUGCGUUAUAUAGAGUAACCCCUCGCCCGCAAUAAUAAAAAAAACAGGUCAUUUAUCUUAUAGAAAACAUAAAUUUUUAUGCAAAGCAUCCCAGGUUGCUGAAACUUUUGGGUGUAAUCAUACACGAACAGAAAUUUCAAAUAAAUUGGCUUUCUUUUUGCGGAAGUAACUGCGAUAUUUAAAUUGCUUUUUUUUGGAAAGAGAGGAUUACGCUGUAUACGGAUCAAAUUCAUAAAGCAUUCUGUUUGUUUUUUUCAUUUUUUCAUAUCUUCAUUAUAUUCCGUCUAUAGCAAUUAUUUUACGACUAUAGAUUUUUGGAUAAAACAUUAUUGAAAUAUCAAGAGAAUUUUGAAAAUUCCUGCCCAUAGAACCCCCACUUGUGCCUUUAUUUAAGUUAAAAUAUUGUGUUGUUUUAUGAUGCCGAUUAUGUAAUGUUAUUUUGGUUUAUUUGUCAAGUGUUUUACUCUAAACCAGGGGUUCUCAACCUUUUCCCUGUUAUUAAGUACCCCCCGAGUCAUGAAACAAUCAACGCGAACCCAGGCCAUUCGAAAUGCAAUUGGUAUUAUAUGUCCAUUCCCAUUUCAAACCUGCUGUCUGUAUGGAAGCCCAAUUUUCAUAUAUAAAUGAGGUCGUUCAGGUAAUUUUGACUGUACACACGUCCCUUUAAGACCAUACUUCGAUUCUUUCCUGUUUAUUUUAUUUGAAGCCUCUUAUGUUAUUAUUCAACUUAUAAUAUCUAAAGUAAUCUAUCUAACUCUUUCUAUUCUCUUAUUUUAGUCAAAUAACUGAAGCUUUUAUCAUUGUAGCAUUACUACAAGGGCUGUUGGAUGAGGAAACAAUAGUUACUCUCGUAGUUUGUGUACCAGGUUAGGGUUAGGCCAUAAUAUUAUUCCGAUUUUCCAUAAUAUUUUUUCCGGUUUUGGCCAUCCCCAUCCAUAGCUUUUCCUUGCAGUUUUCUGUAUGUUAUCUAGUCUUGAAACAGCUAGGCAUUUUUACUGUAGCAAUUCAAGAGUUUCAACACAAAAGGCCGAAAGUUUACAUUUCCAAAGAAAAUUAUUUGAAAAUGUUACGGAGUAAAUAGAUCCUUUUUUAAUUUUAGUAUCUGAUCAUAAUGAACCCAAACCCGUGGCAUGUGUGUCACUUACGGCACAUGUAGCGAUUUAUUAUGGCCCGCCGAACUUCACGUUUUAAGGCAUUUGUGCUCUAGACGCCAUCAAUUGUUACUUAUCACUGUUAAAGCUUGUGUAUAUUCAUAACAUUUAAAUUAUAUCGGUAUCUUGUGGGAGAUCCACUUUCUCGCGUCGCGAUUAUCUUUCCCUUAAUUUUGACCUCAUUUAUGGUAGUCGACUGGGUUUGAUGCAUUAUUCGAAAGUAUUUCGAUAAAAAUUACAAAGGUUUGAAAAUCAAAAACUGCACUUCCCUCAUUUUUAUGACAUUAAGCCCGCGAAUUAUAUCCAUGUUUUUGUUAUUAUACUACACUCACCAAUUCAUACGCCAUUGGCCUCUCUGUAAAUUAUUUUUUCUGAUAUCAUAAUGUGUGAAGUUGUUUUUGCUAUUUGAGAUCUACUGUAGUGUAUUUGAUGAUAUUUUAAUAAUUUUAUCUUUUGUUGUCAAGUAAUAUAGAUAGUUGUCCAAAAUCGAAUCUUUUUUAAUUCGAAUCGAAUAUUAUUGCGCAAUCUUAAAUCUGUCUCAAUUUUACGAUAAAAACCCCCUCUUGAUAUUGUGAUAACAUAUGUGGAAUUACAACUGAAAUACUACCUUUAUUUGGACUUCAUUUCACUGAUUCGCAAAUUACCUGCCUUCGAUUUUGAAUAUACGGUUCGCUUGGAAAGCCCUAAUAGUUCGGAGAUAGUUUAACCUACCGUGUUCAUAAAGUCUUCAAAUUCCAAUUUAAAAAUAUUGCGACUUCAUCACAAAAUUUUGAAAUUAUAUCAAGACUUUAUGAACACCCUGAAAAUUGCCAUUAUUCUUCAGAUUUUUUUAGUUAAACGGAUUUAAAUAGGGUAUGAUUUGUAAUUUUAUGAGUCAGAGAUGAAUUGCUACCCGAUUAACGAUUUUUAUUUCGGCAUCAGCCCUUCGUUAACAAUAAUAUUGUGUUUGAACUUACUUCUCAUGAUUUGUGUAUGUUUGAUAUUUGCCGGUUGGAAAAAACUCUAGCUGUAACUGUGAAAAUAUCAAGCCAUUAUUCAACGAACGUAACAGAUUUAGUGUAACAUACGCAUUGUAUUUUCUCAAGGAGCCAUAUCAAAGUUAAAAUGCCCUCUGUAGUAAAUCAACCAUGCUAGUAGUUUUAUGACCUCAUAGACGUUAUUUUUUGCUGAUUGCACAAAUUUUUGUCUGAGGGAUUUAGUGGGAAGUUUUACAUUUUCUGGAGGGAAAUUAUCGUUAAUUAAGGUUAAUUUGCGAAGGUUUUAUGACCACAUAGGCGUUAAUAUUUGCUGACUUUUUUGUUCAAGGAAUUUCGUUUGAAUAUAAUUAUCUUGUGAUAGGAUUUCUGUCUUUUGGAGGGAAAUUAUCGUUAAGGUCAAAAUUAGCCAAUCUUAUCAUAUUCCAAAUGCAAAAUCUCAUACAAAUAUAAAAUGGUCUGCCAUAUGUGCCUCAUAUAGCGUGUUUUCUUACUUUCCUGUAGAUAUAUCCUUUUAGAAUAAUUGAUCAGAAUUCUUUCGAAGCCUAUUUUCUGAUUUGAAUGUUUUGUGACACUUUGCGUAAUUUUAUUGUGAAAAUAGCAAAUUUAAAACAUCAAAGUCCAAAUUUAACUGUUCAGAUGUAAGGUAAAAUGGUUCACCAUAUAUCAACCCAAUUUAUAGUUUGUCAUUUAUAGAGUAAGGGAAUUAAAUCCAUCACACCCAACCCAGAAAGCAAAUAAUAGUCAAACUUUAAUGUCACAGCUUAAGCCUUUGAAUUAUAUCAAAAAGAAGUGUGCCAGCACAAUCUGGCAUUUAAAAUUAUGGGCUUUUUUCUAUACCUCAGUCACAAUUCAAGUUGUGAAAUUGAAUUCCCAGCCCAGAAAGCAAAUAAUAGUCAAACUUUAAUGUCACAGCUUCCCAUCAGCCUAUAAAUUAUUUCAAAAAGAAGAGUGCCAACUUAAUUUGGCCUAUUUCAUACCUCGGUCACCAUUAUAUUGGUAGGCCACUGUCGGGAUACUAUACAUGGAAUUGUCAUUGUUGUUUAUGAAAUCAUCUAUGACUCAACUCGGCAUAUUAUUCAGAGUUUUGUCGCGAUUAGAGUUGACCCGAAGCUGACUUACGAAUAACUUUAUUGAGUACCGUAUAUUGCAUUUAGGACACAUUUAUGUGCAAAUGACUUUAACACUAUCUUAAAAUUUCUAUUAAUAUGUCUGCAAUUGCUCUGCUGGUAAAUUGGUCCUGAUAUUUAUAAAUAGACAUUUAAAGAGAAUUCAAACUGUGUCGAAACCUUUACACAUGAAUGGUAAUCAAUAUUGUUAUUUAUGUCAUUAAACCUAAAUAAAAUAUCUAUUUCAGUCAAAUUAUUCGAAUUACAGCGCUCAAAUUACACAAAUAUUUAGUAUCAGUAUUCGUAUAUACAUCUGUAAUUUAUAAAUAAACCUAUCUCGAUUACGUUUUAAAAUAAUAUUUGCCAAUAUGGAAUAUAUUCUGAAUAAUCCAAAGGAUAAAUUUAUAUGAAAUUAUUAUUGUUAGAGAAAAAUCCAUUUCAAUAAUUCAGAAAUGGUAAUUAUUGUUUUCGUAUAGAAUGAUUCAUUUUUGUACAAGAAAAUUAAUGUGUCUGGCACUGACAUGAGCAACUCAACAGCUCAAGGAAAAUUAAUCCAGGUGUUAAUGGCUGCCAGUUUAUUGAUCGAAAUAUAAUUGGCACACUAAGAUGAUAAUUACACUUUUAUCCACUUCAAUUUGCUCCAGACAAAUUUUGGAAUUUUUCCCAAGUACUGUAUAAUUAGUAUUGAAUUUGGUUGUUGUGUAGAAGAACACAUAGUACUCAAUGUAUAUCAAAUAAUAAAUAAGAACGCAAUUUAUAAAACUAUUUUGUUCAAUCAUUCUUGUGACACCAGUUAGACGCGUGUGGGGCAGGCGUGGGCAACCUUUUUCGGCGCGCGUGCCAAAAUCGACUAAAUUUAAUGACAAAAUUCUUCCGCAUGCCGACCAAAAUUGUCGAGAUCUCACUCAGUUGUGACAUCAUAAUAUAUUUUUUUUUGUAGCCAUGUGUCAUGAAAGGACAAAAAGAGUUUGAAUAAAUAAAGUAUUGUUAACAAACAAUAAUGAAUAAAUGGACACAGAGUUUCAUCAGAUAGGAGUUAAAACUCUUGCGAAAGAGAAUGAUCUCGUUUGUGCCGAAUAAAUGAGCUCGCAUGCCAGGGGUUGCCCACCCCUGGUGUCGAGAAUAGGUUCUUAAAAUGCACCAUUUGGAGCACUAGGACUCUGUGAGAGAAACCGAGGGGCUCUGUGAGCUAUUCGUUUAGUUAUUCCAGACUGGAUAUUUUUUAAAUACAAAGCAGCAAAUGCGUUAAAAAUGGUGAUUUUGAUUGACAUGGGAAACAUUUAUUGUUAGUUUUUUGUGUUUGUUUUUAUAAAAUUAUUGUGGAUCUUCGUAAAUAAUAGUCAAUCUCUUCAAAUUGUAAAGUCUGAAAAAAUUUCCAUUUGAAAAUAUCACAAAGAUAAUAUAGGCACAUUUUAAGCUUGUAUUCAAUCAUAGUUAGGAAAGACAUUCGCCAAAGUAUUUCAAAGCAAGUUGCCAAACUUAAACUCAUGUUACUUACCAAAGUCAUUUUCGCACACCAGUCUUUUGAAGACAUUGACAAAUAUUAAAUUUCGAAUCAAUUUUGAUAUUCAUUUUGUUUUUGACAACUUUGAUUGCUACAAGAUUAUUUUGGAUUCCACCACUAAAUGUUUUUGGAAUCUUUUCAAAUAUAAUUUGUGGUGUAUUUGGAAGUUAUUAAAAUGUAUUUUUAAAUAUAAUUUGGAUUAAAAUUAACAAUGUUUUUCCCCUAUAUCCAUAUUAUUUCCUUUGUAAAGAGUUUUCCGAAACUUUUCUCCAUUUUAAAAGUAUUGACUCUAUACUUAGUACGAAUACUUCCUGAUAUUUUAGAAUUAUUUAUUUCUCUAGUAUGGCCAUAUACCUGGUACCAUGGCCCAGGGGGAAUCAAAUAAUUCUAAUUAUUUUUGGCAAAAUGUCUAUUCUGGGGAUUCGGAUAUUUAAAACAAUUGUUUUUCUUUAGAUUUAAUCUUUAAAAACCUUUUUUUUUUGAAAUUAUAAUUCACUCAAGUAUCUAUACUCUGUACUUAAAACAAAGAAGAAUAGUGUAUUUGAGAUUAUUGGUAAUUGUAAAACGUUUUUGUAUUCAGAUUAUUUUUUUUGUGUCUUGAAUUGUUAAAUCUAGGUUUCCAGAAAUGUUCAACCAUUAUUGAAGCCCUUAUAAUUCAAUAUUCUUUAAGAUCCACUGCUUAAUUUAAUACUCUAUGCUAUGAUUUUACAGUCUAAAAUAUUGCUUUUUUUUAAUUCCAUGUCGCCUAGACCAGGGCUACUCAACUAAUUUUACCAAAGAUCCGAAUACAAAACUUGAAAAUUAGUGAGGUCCGUUUUUUCAGAAAUCAUAUUUUGAAAUCCUUGGACGCACACUUCCUCGACUGACUAAUGAUUAUUCGCUAAUUAGCGCAUUGUUUAUGGUUCUUUUGCAUAUAUAGUCAGAUGCAAAUUAUAAAAUGAUCUUCAAAACUAUAAAAGUCAUUCAAUAAACGAAAACCUUCACAUAUCCAAAGUGAGGCGAAUAAUCCAAAAUGAAGAAUUUGGUGCGGUCCGAAUCUAAUACUCAAAAGGUCCGAAUUCGGACAGCGGUCGGCUUGUUGAGUAGCCCUGUCUUAGACUGUUUAGAACAGUCCAAAGUUUAAAUAAUUUUGAAUUCUUGUAGUGUGCUUCCAUGCGUGAACUGUCAGAAUAAGACUCAUCUUAAAUUGAGGACUCUUAUUCUGUCAGUUCAAUAGUGAAGGAGUGAAGCACAAAUCCUUUUGAUUGCUGCUGUAUAUAUGCUUUACCUUGAGCUCUUUCUACACAAUCUUGUAGUGGGUUUUGAUUUGCUUAUUUCUGUUUUUGUUGUUUGUUAUAUGGGAUUAUAUACGAGAGCAGUGGGGUCAAGUCAUUCGAAGUUGGGGGGGCAAAUAGUUGAUAUAAUUAAUUUUAUAUUUCAAGAAAUACUCAUUUGACAAUUUGGUAUUUAAAGUCAUAAUUAAAUAGUAUUUGAAUGCUAUAUCUGAUGUAGUGAAUUAUAUUUCAGUUUAAAGAAAAUGGAAAUAUUUUAUUUGAGAUAUUAUAAUUUUGGCGGUCUGACAAAAAAUAAGAAAUUCAUCGAAAUAACUUUGAUUUAUUGCAACAAUUCUGGAUUAUCAAAUAAAAAUUGAUGAAUUCACAAAGUUAUCACAAGUUUAUCAGUUGAAUUUAGAACAUAUUCCAUAUUAUUUCAGAAUGGUAAAUUGUUUGGUUUUGGCCCCUGUACUUUUUCUAGUAUUGCCCCAAUUUCAUAAUUGAAGCAUUAACAUGUUAUUGUAUGAUGCAGUACAGCCUUAAAAUACUGAUACCUGUUCAAGUAAUUAUGCGAUAUAAUUUUUCUAUCAAGUUUUUAUUGUCUCAAUGUGCUAUGCUCUGUAAUAUAUAUGUUUCUGCCACUGAAAAUUAUUCUUGUGUAAUAAAUAUAUAAUUAUAAAGAAAUA